UCCGUCCUUAAAAUUUUUAUUUUUCAAGAAAAAAAAUGAAGAAAGCAGGGGUGGUGUUAAUCCCGGUACCUGCUAUGGGUCAUGUUGUGGCCCUGGUAGAGGUAGCUAAGCUUCUUGUUCAACGUGAUGACAGGCUUUCCACCACUGUCAUCAUAAUGCAUCCAGCUCUUGAUCCCAGCACCACCAAAUACACCGAGUCACUUGCUGCAUCAACUCUGCCUGAUCGUAUGCGAGUCGUUAACUUGCCGAAUCUUGAGUCCAAAACAGAAGAUACUAAAGACCGUAACUGGCUUACUUCUAUGAUUGAAAGCCAAAAACCCCAUGUCGAAGAAUAUGUUUCGAAGAUGAGAACUCGGUCCCAGUUGAGUCCGGACUCACCUCAACUUGCUGGGUUUAUUUUUGAUACGUUUGCUACUGGGAUGAAAGAUGUGGCUAAUGGAUUUGGGGUUCCAUGGUAUGUUUUCUCUGCUUCAGGUGCAGCUUUUAUUGGUUCCAUGUUUUAUCUUCAGGCUCUUCAUGAUGAUCAGGGGGUGAACCUUAUUGAGUUCAAGGACUCGGAUGCUCUGUUAGAAAUUCCGAGUUUGUCAAGCCCACUUCCUGCUAAACUCUUGCCUUCGAUGGUGUUCAAGCAAGAAUCCCUCACUAUAUUUCUUGAACAUGCAAGAAUAAUGAGGGAAGCAAGGAGUAUCUUGGUAAAUACAUUUUUAGAGUUCGAAUCUUAUGCGGUUCACUCUCUUUCUAACGGCAAAAACCCUCCUGUGUAUCCAGUUGGACCCAUUUUGAAACAUGUAGGAGAUGCUUGUGAUUUGCCGUCGGACGAGAGCAAGGACAUUAUGGAAUGGCUUGAUGAUCAACCUCCAUCAUCAGUUAUGUUCUUAUGCUUCGGCAGCUGGGGAAGUUUUUGUGGAAAACAGGUGAUAGAGAUUGCUUGUGCACUAGAACAUUGUGGACAUCGGUUUUUGUGGUCGUUGCGUAAACCUUCAUCACAGAAAGUUAAAGUGGAAUCACCAAGUGAUUAUGUAAAUUUUCAAGAGAUUUUGCCUGAAGGUUUUUUGGAUCGUACAAUCAAGAUCGGAAAGGUGAUUGGAUGGGCUCCCCAGGUGGAAAUUUUAGCUCAUCCAGCCGUGGGAGGAUUUGCAUCGCACUGCGGAUGGAAUUCUACACUAGAGAGUGUAAGAUUUGGUGUUCCGGUUGCUACCUGGCCAUUGUACGCAGAGCAACAACUUAAUGCAUUCCAAAUGGUGAUUGACUUGGGAUUAGCUGUGGAAAUUAAAAUGGAUUACAGGAGGGAUUUUCUUGGUGAUAAUGAGAUAAUUGUUUGUGAAGAUAUAGUGAAAGCAAUAAAACAUGUCAUGGAGGAGGAUGGCGAAGUGAGAAAGAAGGUAAAAGAGAUGAGCAGAAUAAGUGAGAAAAGCUUGAAGGAUGGUGGAUCUUCAUUCUCUUCGUUAGGUCGUCUAAUUGAAGAUAUGAUAGACAAUAUAUCUUAAAUCAAUUGUUCCAAAAUCCAAGCAAUUUCUCAUUAAAAAGAAAAAAAGAAAAAAGAAAAAGGAAUGGAUUAUAUCGGUUUGUGAUUAAUUUGUAACAAUUUAUUUAUUAAGUGAAUUUUCAGCA